GAAGAGGUGGCGGCGGCGGCGGCGGCUCCCUGGGCGCGGGCCGGCGGAGGAGCGUGGAGCGCCGUAUGGAUGCGGCAGCAGAGCGGCUUCUCCGCAAGCCUUGGGAGACCCGGGCAGAGCCCGCCCUCUAUGCGCGCUGGGGGCCGGCAGGGGGCUCUGGAUUUCGGUCCCUCCCCUUUCCCUGGGUGUCUCGGAGCACUCCGGCUCUCAGACCCUCCUCCAGCCAGGUGCUGGCCGGCGGGAGAGGAGGACGCAUCUCUUCUUCCGGCGCCCCACCAUGGGCAAUACGUCCAAUGACUCCCAGCCAGAGAACUGCGAUACUCGACAGUGGCUCCCCUCCGGCGAAAGCCCAGCCAUCAGCUCCGUGAUGUUCUCGGCCGGGGUGCUGGGGAACCUCAUCGCGCUGGUGCUGCUGGUGCGCCGCUGGCUGGGGGACUCGGGGCGCAGCGCCGGCCGCGGGAACUCCAUCUCGCUGUUCCACGUGCUGGUGACAGAGUUGGUGUUCACCGAUCUACUGGGGACCUGCCUCAUCAGCCCUGUGGUGCUGGCUUCGUAUGCGCGGAACCAGACCCUGGUGGCCCUGGAGCCCCAGAGGCGCGUGUGCACCUACUUUGCCUUCUCCAUGACCUUCUUCAGCCUGGCCACCAUGCUCAUGCUCUUCGCCAUGGCCCUGGAGCGCUACCUAGCCAUUGGACACCCCUACUUCUACCAGCGCUGGGUCACAUACCGUGGUGGCCUGGCUGUGCUGCCCGCCAUCUACACAGUCUCCCUGCUCUUUUGCUCCCUGCCGCUGCUGGACCACCGGCAGUACGCCCAGUACUGCCCUGGGACGUGGUGCUUCAUCGGGCAUGAGCAGACCACGUACCUGCGGCUUUACGCCACCUUGCUGCUACUGCUCAUCAUCGCGGUGCUCGCCUGCAACUUCAGUGUCAUCCUCAACCUCAUCCACAUGCAUCGCCGGGGCAGGAGAAGCCGCUCCGGACCCUCCUUGGGCAGCAGCCGGGGUGGCCCUGGCAGCCACAGGAAAGGGGAAAGGGUAUCCAUGGCAGAGGAGACGGACCAUCUCAUUCUCCUGGCUAUCAUGACCAUCACCUUCGCCGUCUGCUCCUUGCCUUUCACGAUUUUUGCAUAUAUGAAUGAAACCUCUUCCCGGAAAGAAAAGUGGGACCUCCAAGCUCUUAGAUUUUUAUCAAUUAAUUCAAUAAUUGACCCUUGGGUCUUUGCCAUCCUGAGGCCUCCUGUUCUGAGACUAAUGCGUUCAGUCCUCUGUUGUCGGGUUUCAUUAAGAACACAAGAUGCAACACAAACUUCCUGUUCUACACAGUCAAAUGCCAGUAAAUAGGUUGAACUUUGAGGAUGGUAGUUAAGAAGUGCUUAGUUAGCCAGCAUCUGGAAGAUCAUUUUGAAAUGGUUCCUUGGAGAAAUGGGAAAAAGUUAGUUUAUAAAUACAAUGAAGCUACCCUAAUAAAACAGAGUAAACAAACAUUUCAGCAGUGGUUUGGGCUACAGACAUGCUGACAAGGCACUUCGUGGAAGGUGUCAGAAGGAUCUAUAAAACCUACCCUCAAAGAGCAUGUUCCAUGGCCUUUAGAGGAAAAACCAAUUGCAUUUAAGAUCCAGUGCCUUUUGAUUUAAGCUUUCCUGUUGAAUGAGAAAGCAUGUAGUUUUGUAAUUUGUUUAAAACCCUAAAUAGUUACUGUGUUUUCCAUUUUAAUCUUCUAGGCUAGUACCAUUAUAAACAUACAGUGUACAGUCAGACCAGAUAAAACUUCUUACGUAUUCUCUAGGAAGUGGAUAUGUGCAAGCAACCAAGCCCGGUGUCUUGUGAUUGUCCUUUCUUUGGACAAUGAAUCUGAAAACCAUAGGUACUUUGUAGUACUGUAUGUUUGUGUAUGUGGGAGUACUCUCUUUUUACAACAGUAUUACUCAGUAUUACUGAGUAAGCUCAGCUCAUUAAUGUCAGCUUUUUCACCAUCCACAAGAAGCUGUGUGUCAGUGUCAGGUUAUUUAUUUUAUAACGUCUGCCGUGCUAAUAGUAACCAAAAAGGCUAGGAAUUUUCCUCUCAACAAUAAAUAGUAGACUAUUAAGAGAGGUAAUUCUGAUUAAUACUCUUCAUUCUAUUUCCAGGGUAUCGUAUAUGUGGCUAUGUCUGAAGCCAAAUAUUAGGAUUAAAAACUGAAAAAUCUGGUCAGUUCUUCAGAUACACUGGAACUCUUUUAAUGCUGAUGUUGAGGCCAUAACUAACAUCUGCUUUAUAGGAUGGUUGUAUUGUAGCAAAAUUCAUCUGGGAAAUAUGGCUUGACUCAUACUGUAUAGGAAAUCAUGUAACAAUGAGUCAUAUCUUAAUAUAUUUCUAAAUCUAAA